AUGGCUUUGCAACAGCCCAUCUUAAAUCCGUGUGUCCCCUUUUGCAGCCCAAUUUUUGGAGGUCUCUGCGAAGGAAAAAACAUUUUAAUCCAAGGCUGCGUCAUAGUCUCUGCCAAAAGAUUCUCUGUGAACCUGGUGUGUGCAAAUGGGGAUAUCGCCUUCCACUUCAACCCACGGUUUGAUGAAGGCAACAUCAUUGUCUGCAACACGCAAGAAAAAGGCUGCUGGGGACCCGAGGAACGGACGUCCACAAUGCUCUUCCAGCGAGGCGUCUCUUUUCAAGUGAUCAUCAACAUCAGGAGCUGUGGUUACCAGGUUUCUAUCAAUGGCAGCCAGUUCAUAGACUACCGACACCGCCUUCCCAUGAAUCUGGUCCAGACUCUGCAGAUCAAAGGGGACGUCUCCUUGAGCUGCAUCAAUUUCACAGGAGGAUUCAACUUUGGUGGAAUGACGGUGUGCAAUCCGGCCACCCCGUUUAAUGCCAUUCUUUCGGGGCGUUUCUUUCCUUUCUGCAAGAUCAAAAUUAUGGGGAGCAUCCCUUAUUCAGCGGACAGAUUUCAUGUGAACCUGAAAAACCUCCUGCUGGGCAACAUCGCCCUGCACGUCAACCCCCGGUUCAAAGAGGGAGCGCUAGUCCGGAAUUCCUUUAUCAACGGCGCUUGGGGAAGCGAAGAGAGAAAUGUUGCCUUCCUGCCCUUCUGUCCUGGGCAGGCCUUCCAGCUGGAGAUCACCUACCUGGAAAACUGCUACCAGGUGUUGGUGAAUGGUCAGCUGAAAUUUGAAUAUGUCCAUCGGAUCCCUCCCUCUCAAGUGGACCAACUGGAAAUAGAUGGAGACGUCAUCCUUUCCUGCGUGCAGUACUGAUGGCCUCCGUGUGAAUGGAACGCAUCCUGUUUCUGCUUUGAUUGACAAGAGGACAAGAACUCGUGGGUUGCAACUCCCAUGUCCCCCUCUAGACCGGGGCCCCCAAAUGUGG